AUGCAUAGUUCAACGCUUCAUGAUGAAAAUAAUUUAAUGCAUGAAACUUCAACAGAAAUACCGAAUUUUAAAAAUCUAAAAAAAGCUUUGACUGAAAAAUGGACGUAUAAUUCAAGCCAUAAGGGCAGGAAAAGUUUUACUUAUAAUACAUUUAUAGAAUUCGGUGAUAUUAUUGAUAUAUUUGAGCAAUUAUUUCAAGAAUAUGAAAAAUCGAGUGUAUCUCUUAUGAAAAUAAGAAAUUUGAAAUUAUUUAUUCUACUUUUUGGUUGCGAUGCUUAUUUUUUUCAAUGGGAGCAGUGGAACAUUCCUGGAAAAGUCACAGAAAAAGUCUGGAAAGAUGCAAGGAAUUCAAAUGCUAAGUGCGUUAUAGCUGUAUGUGCAGACCGACUAAUAGGCAUACGAAAGCCAUUAAUUGCAAAAAAACAAUGGCAGUGGUACUGGACGCCGAUGGUAAUUUCGUCAAUUGUUGUACUUACUGGCUUCGCUUGCCUGUAUCAACACUUUCAGUACCACUGCUUAGUACGAUCAUAUUGCUGGGGAACACAAAUUUAUUCCAAGUGUUUGCCUAUUAACAAGAAAGGAAAUUGGUUUGGAAAUCGAACCAAUCCCUACUCGAAGUCGUUUCGAAACUUUCUCGAUGCUAGUGUGAUGCUGAAUGUGAUUACGAUGAUACUUUUGCCUAUAUUUUUACUUACCCUAUUUAACACGCUUCUUCUUCUUACACUCCACAAUCGCAAUCGCUUUCUUGUCACCACACAUAUCUGCAAUAACAGAUUCUCAACGAAGCACGGUCUCAGGCAAAAAAGGGCUACCACAGCCCGUCACAAGACUGAGCAACGAGUUACAUUAGCAGUGGCUUUAAUCGUGACGGUAUUCACCAUUACGAAUGGUCCCUCGGCUAUUUAUCAUUUAUUGCAAAUCGUUUAUCCUUCUUUGGCAUCAUAUAAUUUAACUCUUACAUGCAACACUUUGGUAAUUUAUGGAAAAGCUUGUAAUUUUAUCCUAUUUUGUUCGUCGAGUAAACAUUUUCGAAAUCGACUUUAUCGCUUAACUCAACGCAAUAUGGAGCGGCAAAUUUCAAAAAUUUUGGAAAGCAAGAUCGGCCGAAGAUUCAGUAAAUUAUCAUUGACUAGAAAGUGCGUAUCAGCUACUGUGACGGAUGGUGACUAUUCAACACCAACGGGCCAUUUGCAUUAUAAUUAUAGCUCCCAUCGUCAAUCAGCACCCGUUACUCUUAGGCAUUCCACUAUAAUAAGCUGUGAAGAGCGAAAAAAGCCAUCACAUACAGCUUUAUUCGUUUAA